CCUUCUCCCCUCGGCGAGUCUCCUCCUCCUUUCUCACUGCGCUCCAUCGGCGCCAAGCGCUGACUACUGAUAGGACAGACAUGGAGUCAACGGAGGAGAGAGGCAGCGAGAGGAGGAGGAGGAGGAGGAGGAGGAGGAGGGAGGGAUGGAUCGAGAGUUGGGUUAUGAGGGGAGGACUAAAGUAGAAACAAAGAAGCGCUGCAGGUGUGUGGCGCUGAGCAUGGCAUCGGCUCGACAGACCGGACGAGCGUGAGAGCGCCGGCUGCACGGGACCGGAGGACGGGGAGACGCGCAGCUCUCAACUUUGAAUCGCACAGUUUAGUUUCCGUCUGUCGGAGCGGCGGCGAGGCAGCCAUGGCCCUGCUGACCAACGGCACGCAGAGCCUGGGCUCCUAUUACUGCCUGAUCCGACGCAGGUUCAAGAGGAGGCGCAAGAAACGCUCGGAGCGCAAAGGUGCGGCGGGGGCCAGGCUCCUCUCAGGUCCGAGCAAGCCCGUCACCAUGGACGUGGACGAGGAAGAGAAUAUGAGUUCAAGCAGCACCGACGUUAAGGAAAACCGAAACCUGGACAACGUGUCCUGCAAAGACGGGGUGGGAGUGGCUGAGCAGCUCCCCAAUGGAAGUGGCCUGGGCAGUCGAAAGCGGCCCUUAGAGGAGGGCAACAAUGGUCACGCACAUUCCAAGUUCCGGGCUAAGAAGCGCAAGAAAACCCCCGGGCCGGUCCUGCCCAAGAACGCUUUGAUGCAGCUGAACGAAAUCAAACCGGGGCUGCAGUACAAACUGCUGUCUCAGACAGGGCCCGUCCACGCGCCGGUGUUUGUCAUGACCGUGGAGGUGAACGGACAGAUGUUUGAGGGCAUGGGCCCGACCAAGAAGAAGGCCAAACUGAACGCGGCGGAGAAAGCGCUGCGCUCUUUUGUUCAGUUCCCCAACGCGUCCGAGGCCCACCUGGCCAUGGGCCGCACGCUGACGGUGAACACGGACUUUACAUCUGACCAAGCCGACUUCCCCGACAUGCUCUUCAACGGAUUUGAGACACCGGCCGCAACUGAAGAAACCUUCUUUCUAGGCUCCAAUGGUAGCAGCUCCUUAAACUCGCUAGGGGAGUACCCACUGCCCACACCACCUGGCAGCACCCUUGCCCAGGCCCCGUUGCCCCCUCCAUCUGCGUUCAGCUCGCCCUCCAGUGGCAAAAACCCAGUCAUGAUCCUCAAUGAGCUCAGGCCGGGCCUCAAAUAUGACUUUGUCUCGGAGAGCGGGGAGAGUCACGCCAAGAAUUUUGUGAUGUCGGUCACGGUGGACACUCAGACGUUUGAAGGCUCAGGACGCAACAAGAAGCUGGCGAAAGCCCGGGCAGCGCAAGCCGCCCUGUCCGCUCUGUUCAACAUGCAGCUAGACCAGACGCCGUCCCGGCAGCCCAUACCCAGAGAGGGACUGCAGCUACAUCUACCACAGGUUCUGGCGGAUGCCGUCUCUCGCCUGGUGGUGGAUAAGUUCAGCGAGCUGACAGACAACUUCACAUCCCCACAUGCACGAAGAAAAGUCCUUGCAGGGGUCGUCAUGACAACAGGGACAGACGUCAAGGAAGCACAGGUCAUAUGUGUUUCCACGGGAACCAAAUGCAUCAACGGUGAGUACAUGAGCGACCGCGGCCUGGCCCUCAACGACUGCCACGCCGAGAUCAUCGCCCGGCGCUCGCUCAUCCGGUACCUCUACACCCAGCUGGAGUUCUUCCUCAGCAGCAGCAAGGAGGAGCACCCGAAGUCCAUAUUCGUGCAGUGCGACAAAGGAGGCUACAGGUUAAAGGACAACGUCCAGUUCCACCUCUACAUCAGCACCUCGCCCUGCGGAGACGCCCGGAUCUUCUCGCCGCACGAGGCCGGAGUGGAAGACCAAGGGGACAGGCAUCCCAACCGGAAAGCACGGGGACAGCUGAGGACCAAAAUCGAGUCGGGGGAAGGCACCAUCCCCGUCCGGUCCAGCAACACCAUCCAGACCUGGGACGGCGUGCUUCAGGGCGAGAGGCUACUCACCAUGUCCUGCAGCGACAAGAUCGCAAGGUGGAACGUGGUGGGCAUCCAGGGCUCUCUGAUGAGCUACUUCACAGAGCCCAUCUACUUCUCCAGCAUCAUCCUCGGCAGCCUGUACCACGCGGACCACCUGUCCAGGGCCAUGUACCAGCGCAUCGCGGACAUCGAGGACCUGCCCCAGCAGUUCACCCUCAACAGGCCCCUCCUCAGCGGUAUAAGCAACGCCGAAGCCAGGCAGCCGGGCAAGGCGCCGAAUUUCAGCGUGAACUGGACGGUGGGCGACCAGGCCCUGGAGGUGAUCAAUGCAACCACGGGCAAGGACGACAUGGGCCGCGCUUCACGCCUCUGCAAACACGCCCUCUACAGCCGCUGGGUGCGCCUACACUCCAAGCUGUCGUCCAUCCUGCGGAUCAAAGUGCUGAAGCCCAGCUCGUACCACGAAGCCAAGCAGGCCGCCACAGAGUACCACUCCGCCAAGCAGGCGCUCAUCAAGGCCUUCCACAAGGCCGGCCUGGGGGCUUGGGUCAAAAAGCCCAUCGAGCAAGACCAGUUCACCCUCAGCUCCUGAGGGGCCCGCGGGGGGGGUUCCCUCGCCGCCCGCUCCCGUGCCCCUCCCCCUCCCUCCCUGCCUCCCGCACCCAGGUCUGAAAGCAGGAGAGAUCCCUCCCCCUCCCCCCCCACCCCGUCCGAUCGACCACCAGACACUCAACUUCCGUCCCACGUGUCCAACGCGCACGUGCACUUUCAGAUCAAAGUGUGCGCCGUCUCACACGCCAUCGCCACGAGUCAUCGUUUCCAUUCCUCCGAGGACCUCGGCCUCGUGUCUCUCUCUCUCUCAUCGUGUCGAUUUUUAUUAUGGUUUUACUGGAUGGAGUUUCUCAUCUGCUCGUUUUCUGUUUUUAAAACUGGAAUCCAUGCUCGCUCUUUGGUUUUUGUUGGUGGAUUUUACUUUUUCUCCUGCCUCCACUCAGUAGGUUUUUUUUUUUUUUUUUAAUUUCCCCAGAGAAGAUCCUGUUGUUGAUGCUGUUAGAUGUGGAAGUCCAAAUUGUAGUUUUUGUCCUCUUGAUCGAUGAGUGUAGCCAGUUUAGGGUGAAAUGUAGCCUAGAAACAGAACCUUUGUUAACUGAAAUGACAACAUGUAUGGACCUAAAGAAAAUAUAUACCUAUAUACUUGCUGCAAAUUAACAAAUUAUGAUGACCUUUAAUUUAAUGAUGCUUGAAUAUUCAGGAUGUAAAUCUAAUACUGAGAAGAAAACUAGUGCUGACAUUGACUGUGUGUGAUUUGGUCCGUUCCCUAGGAGAGACUCUGUGUUUUUUAGCCCCUGUAUUAAAGAAGAAAAUGUGACCAAAAAAAAAAAAAAAAAAAAAAACAACAACAACUGUCGCCCUGUUUGAUUCACCGACUGGAGUAUUACACGGCAGGUGUGACAGCGGGUUAGCAUGCUUUUCUUUUUUAAAACCUGUCAUUCAUCCUUCCAUCCACUCAUCCAUUCUGUGUUUCCUCUCCUUCCAUGCCGGGACAGUGGGAGGAUGGCGGGCGGGGUCCUGUUGACUCCUCCCCCUCUCGCCUGGGUCAUGUGGACAAGCUCCGGGAGGCGCUGCACGUUGCAUUCCCUCGUUCUCUUUUUCUUUUGUCUCGUUUUUUUUUUUUUUAAUUUUCUUUCCUUUCUUUCCUUGAUCUAAGCCAUGGCUUUGCAUGGAAACUGAACUUGAGAGGCCUGCAGAGCAGAAAACAUGCGAUGGGGAGCCGUCAGCGAAUGAUUCUGAAUGAAUG